CCUCCCUGGCUCUGCAACCAACCGAGCGCGAACGGAAGUGACGUCAGGCCCGCGACCGUCUUUUCCGGCUCUUAUCUGCACUGAAGAGUUGGGAGUUAUCUGGCCUUUGUGAGUUCUGCGGUGCAAGGGCUGCCUGGAGGUUGAAGGGGAAGGUAAAGAACGAGAGUGCUGAGCUCUGCUCUCCCUGCCACGGCGCCUCAGGGCGCGGCCAAUUCUGAGUCCUGUCCGGCUGUCAGUCACUGGGCUGGGAAAGUGCCCAGAGGGCGGGUCCUGGCGGGCUGCAUCCAAGAUGCGCCUGCUUUUCAAAAGCCGCCCAAGCAACUUCAGUGGAAAAAACUGUUUUAUUUUUCUCCUCAGAAAGAAAUGAAUUUUUGCCGGAGUAGUUGGAGUGACCUUGCGAUUUCAGCACCUCUGUUUUGUUUUGAGACAGGAUUCAGGCUGGCUUUGAACUCCCUGUGUAGCUGAGGAUGACCUUGUACUCACGGACUUCCUAUCCCCACCUCCUGAGUGCUGGGAUUCCAGGUCUGCAUCAGCCGGAUGGAUCUUACUCAGAAUACCACUUUCUGUCCUUCAGGGGACUCAGUCUGCCUUCAGGAAGAAAAAGUAUCAGCAGAAAUGAUGUUGGUUGAUUGCCUGACAAAUUAUCAGGAGUUAGUGAGCUUUGAUGAUGUGAUUGUGGACUUUACCCAAGAGGAGUGGACCUCACUGAACCCAGAUCAGAGAACCCUCUACCGAGAGGUGAUGCUGGAGAACUACAAAAACCUGGCCACAGUAGGAUAUCAGCUCAUCAAACCCAGUGUGAUCUCUUGGUUGGAACAAGAAGAGUUUAGUACAGGGCAGAAGAUAGUUUUUCCAGAAUGGAAAAUACAGCUCGAGACCCAGUGUUCAGCAUCCCAGCAGGAGCUUUUGAGGGGUAACAUAUCCAACGGGAUGCAAACGCAGACAGGAAGUGACACAGGAAGGGGCCUCUGUGACGGGACACAAUAUGGAGACUUCUUCAGUGAACUCUCACCCCUUAGGACGGUUAUGAAAACUCGACCUGCACAGGAUAAUUAUGACAGUAGUCAAUGCAGGAAAGACUUUCUAAUGCUUCAGAGGAAAAAGUGUGCUGGUGAGAAACUUUCUGAGUUCAAUCAGAGUGAAGAAACCGGUGCGAUCCCAGGUAAAGCUUAUCAGAAAAUGGCCACACAAGAGAAAUGUUUUGAAUGCAGUGACUGUGGGAAGUCCUUUAUGAAUCAGUCACAUCUUCAGACACAUCAGAGAACUCACGGUGGAGACAAACUUUAUGAAUUGAAUGAGUGUGGGAGAAGUUUUAUAAACUCAAGACUUGCUGUGCUUAUAGAAACUCUCAAUGCAAAGAAACCUCACAGAUGUAAGGAGUGUGGGAAAGGCUACCGAUACCCUGCGUAUCUAAACAUUCACAUGCGAACCCACACUGGGGAGAAACCCUAUGAGUGUAAGGAGUGCGGGAAGGCCUUCAAUUACUCCAACUCAUUUCAGAUCCAUGGGAGAACUCACACAGGGGAGAAGCCCUAUGUCUGUAAUCAGUGUGGGAAAGCCUUCACUCAGCACUCAGGUCUGAGUAUACAUGUGAGAUCGCACAAUGGAGACAAGCCCUACGCAUGCAAGGAGUGUGGGAAAGCCUUCCUCACAUCCUCUCGCCUUAUCCAGCAUAUACGAACUCACACAGGAGAAAAACCUUUUGUGUGUGUCAAAUGUGGGAAAGCCUUUGCUAUUUCUUCAAACCUUAAUGGGCAUCUGAAAAUGCACGCCGAAGAGAAGACCUGUGAGUGCAAGAUCUGUGGGAAAGCAUUUGGAUAUCUUUCAUGUCUUAAUAAUCACAUGAGAACUCAUAAUGCCAAAAAAUCCUACACAUGCAAGGAGUGUGGGAAGGCCUUUAACUAUUCCACCCACCUUAAAAUUCACAUGCGAAUCCACACCGGAGAAAAACCCUAUGAGUGUAAACAGUGUGGAAAAGCCUUCAGUCAUUCCACUUCAUUUCAGAUCCAUGAGAGAACCCACACUGGAGAGAAGCCCUACGAAUGCAAGGAGUGUGGCAAAGCCUUCAUCUGCCCCAGUUCCUUCAGGAUUCAUGAAAUAAGUCACACCCACACGGAAGAGAAACCCUACAAGUGUCAGCAGUGUGGAAAAGCCUACAGUCACCCUCGCUCACUUCGCAGACAUGAAAGAAUUCACUAGAGAGAAACCUAGUUGAUGGAAGCAACGCAAGAAAGUCCUCAGUUGCGGCCAUUUGCUUUGCAGACAUGAUGGUACUCACACUGGGGAGAAACUGUUGAAGUUAGAUGCAUAGCUUAGAGCAGUGCUGUAUGGCCGUACUGAGCAACAAAUACUCCAUGUCAAAAAAUUAAAGCGGCUCAGUGGGUAAAGCACUUGAAUGUGUGGCAACUUGAAUUGGACCCACAUCCCUGUAAAACAGACAGAUGUAGUGGCAUGCGUCUGUAUCCUCAGCAUUUCUACAAGAGAGGAGGCAGAGGCAGCAGAGUCACCUGGAAGCUUGCGGCCAGCUACUCUAGUCUGUGCAGCAUGGCGGAGAGGAAGACUCUGCCUCAACCAGGUAGAAGACCUAAUGCCUCAACGUUGCCCUCUGGUUUCCAUGUGUCUGCCCACUCUCCCACAGAUACCACAGGAAUAGAAAAUGUUUAAAGAAUUGAAAGGAGGGCUGUUGAGAUGACUCAGCAGACAGAAGCAUUCUCCAUUCAAUCCUCACUAUCCGUCCGUUUUCCAUCCCUGGAUCCCACAGCGUAAGGAGAGAAUUGGCUCCUAAAAGCUGCCCUCUGACCUCCACAUGAAUGCUGUGGCAUGCACCCCCCUAAUAAUAUUACAUUUUAAAAAUUCAAAUGAGGGACUAUAGAGAUGACUCAGUUACGAGCACCUGCUGCUCUUGCAGAAGACCAGGCUUCAGUUCCCAGCACUCACAUGGCGGCUUUCAGCCAUCCAUAACUAGGUGACGGGAAUUUGACCUCUUCUGACCUCAGUGAUCACUCAGCAUACACAUGUGCAGGCAAAACAUGUAUAAAGCAAAAAUAAUAAAAUGAAGUUGCAGUGAAUCCAUUAAAACUGGCUAAUGUCCCCAAGAGGUUAAGACGAAGCAGGAAGUACACAGAGAAGACCAUGGAACAUCAGACAUCCUUCUGCAAUUACAGACAGUAGCUACCACAAGUGUCUCUACUAAGGCCUCCAGAGGAAACUACCUGAGUUAUGCUGAUCUCUGAUUUUCAGCCUCCAGAUUCUAAGAAAUAAAUAACCAUUUUGCACUA